CACUGUUUGAAGCAUUGCACCUGCACCAGAGAAACAACCUUUGGAUUUAGGAAUUGCUCUUCUUUCACAACAAGGGAAUCUGGACUUUCAUAUUGGAUUUUUAUAUUUCACAUUUUAUAUAAGGGAGAGUUCAUAUAAAGUAAUAUCUGGCAUUUGAUACAUGAUAGUUGAUCAAAAACCUACCACAGUGACCUACGUAUCUACCAAGAAUGGACAUGUCUAGUUGCAUCUCUAUGGUGGUCUAUAUCUUCACGUUCUUGCUUGGACUUCCUGCCAACCUCUUGGUUCUCUUUGUCUAUCUCCGCAAAGCUCGAAAACACGGUGCCACCCCCAGUGUAGUCUAUGGUCUUAACCUGUGCCUAGCAAAUUUGGCACUAGUGUCUUGGAUGCCUGUAAAAAUGGCCGAAACUGUGUACCAGGGCUGGGCUCUUCCAGCUGAGCUAUGCACCGUUUACAACUUCUUUCUUUUCUUCUCGUUCUAUGGCAGUAGUCUGCUCCUCACAGCGGUCGUUGUAGGCCGUUAUCUGAGCAUCGCCUACCCCAUAACCUACAAGAUCUACCGCAGAGCCCGUACCUCUUGCCUGGUAAGUGUCAUUUUGUGGGCAAUAGUGCUCUUACACUUGGUUUUUGCUUAUCUUGCUGAAGGAGGAAGCCACUUUGUAUCUUUAUCAGAGCAGAAUGUAUCAGCAUGCUAUGAGAACUUCACCCAGGAGCAAUUAGAUGUUCUGGUGCCAUUACGGCUGGAGAUGGCGCUGCUCCUCUUCCUCGUGCCUCUUGUUUUGUCUGCAUUCUGCACGCUGCGCUGCCUAGUGCUAGUCAGACAUUCCUCUCUGUCCUCUGGCGGUAAGAAAAGGGUGCUGGCAAUUGCACUCUCCACAUUGGUGGUAUUUGUGGUCUGCUAUGGACCCUACAAUGUAUCUCACAUAGUGGGCUUUAUCCUGUACACUAACGUGGAAUGGAGAAGUGAAGCUAUGCUGUCCAGCUCCUGCAAUGUCUUUCUAGAGCCUGUGGUCAUGUUGAUGCUGUCGCCGUGGACACUAAGGGAAUUAAUAGACAGACUGUGUGGCAAAGGAAGGAUAUCAUGGCAUCAGUGCCACAGCAAAGGGUCUUCAGUAACCCUCAAACAACUAAACGAGGGUAGUCAACAACAACUGUAAGACUCUAAAAAUGGCAAAGCAAGAGCAAAUAGAGGACCCUCUUCUAUGAAAGUGAUCUGAUUAAAGAGAACAAAGGAUUAAAACACUUAUGGAAUUCAUUACAUAAAAGUUGACUUUGAAAGUGGAAAGACUAAAAUAGCAAGGAUUUUUCAUUCUGAGAAAGAAAGAAAUGCACAUUCUUGUCAAAUCACACAGGAUCGUAGACAUUGACUCUUUAUGUAACAGCUCCAAUUUUCUAAUUAACAGAUGAUGGUUGUUUCUAUGUUAUUUCAUCAAAUUUAGUGAUUUUAACUAAAAAUAUAAACUAAAAGCAACCUAAUAGGUCUCUAAAAUGCAAAUUUUACCAUUUCACAGCAACAAGUAGAAGGAGUCAAUUUAAAGAGGUUACAGACUCUAUGUAUAUUCUUUUGCUUCAUCCAAAAUCUCUUUAUAUUUUAUGUUUUACAGUACUGGUGAUAUCACAUAGCCCAAAGAUCAUUACAUUACAUUACAUUAAGUAUUGUUUAAUACCACAUAUGUACAUUUUGAAUAAAUGAUUUUUUGAAUGGUUUGUAACUACACAUUGUUAUUUAUUAAUAAUGUAUGCUAAUGUUUAACAUGGUUAGCUUAAGCACUGUAUUCUAAAAUGGGUCACACUUUAUAUUAGGUUUCUUUUACUACUGUGUACUUACAUUAAAUGCAUACAAUAUUAUGUAUUUACUGGGUAACUACAUUUUGCUCUGCAAAAUUCUCACAAGAUUCACAUCUACUGCUACUGAGGUUAAGGUACGUGUAGGUUAAGGAGUAUAGGGUUAGGGGUUUGAGUUAGGUUUUAGGAUAAGUGUUGGGUUAGGGGUAAAGUUAACAGUGUAAUUACAAAUGUAAUUAAAUGAGGGUACUUUAAAUGUAAUUACAAUGCAACAACUCAUUUGUACCUAAAAACAGUCAUGCAAUAAAUGAAGACAGCCUAUUAUAAGAAUUUGGAAGUGUAAAUGGGCUGUAUGCAAUGCAUCCAUCUGCUCUGUGACUGUAUUGUCACCUGCAAUACUCCGGGCCGCGAUGUAUGUGUUGUAUAUUUUCUCUAUUGGCCUCUCUGGGACUGUUGGCUCUCGUCCUACUCACCCAUGUCUCACCUGCUUGAAAAUUCUUGCUUCUCUCCGAUUGUUCAUUGUUUUGUAAUGUAUAUUCUUUUAUAUGUUUUUCUGUUUAAUGUUAUAUGUUUAAAUUCUGUACAGCGUCCUUGAGCUUUGGAAAGGCUCUUUAC